CUCUCCCUUCUUCUCCAUAGGAUCAUGGGAAAUCACCUUGACCUGCUCUUGGGAGUGGUCCUCCUGGCCAGCCCUGUGCUUGGCUUGCCUUCCUGCUCCUCGGAUGGCCGCAUCGCCUUGUAUCGUUCCUGUAACCUCACCCAGGUCCCCCGGGUCCCCGCCACCACUGAGCGCCUCCUGCUAAGCUUCAACUACAUCAAGGCCGUCACAGCCACGUCAUUCCCCUUCCUGGAGCGGCUGGAGCUGCUGGAGCUUGGGACUCAGCUUACCUCCUUCACCGUUGACCGAGAAGCCUUCAGGAACCUGCCCAAUCUCCGGAUCCUGGACUUGGGCCAAAGUACGAUCGGCUUCUUGCACCCAGAUGCCUUUCAGGGGCUGCCCCGUCUGUUUGAGCUUCGGCUCUUUUACUGUGGCCUUUCCGAUGCCGUGUUCAGAGACGGCUACUUCAGAAACUUGCCGUCUCUGAAUCGCCUGGACCUGUCCAAGAAUCAGAUUCAUAGCCUUUCCCUUCACCCGUCAUUCCAGGAAUUAAAUUCCUUGAAGUCCAUUGACUUCUCCCUCAACGACAUCCCCAUCGUAUGUGAGCAUGACCUCCAGCCCCUCCAAGGGAAGGAACUCUCCUUUUUAGGUCUUGCGUCCAAUAACCUGUACUACAGGGUCUCCGUGGACUGGGGGAGGUGCAAGAACCCACUCAGAAACAUGGUCCUAGACACCCUCGAUGUCUCUCAGAAUGGCUGGACCGUGGACAUCAUAAGAAACUUCACCGACGCCAUCGGCGGCACCCAGAUUUUCUCUCUGGUUCUUGCCCGUCACAUUAUGGGUCCGGGCUUUGGCUUCCACAACAUCAAAGAGCCUGACCGGCACACCUUUGCCGGCCUGGCCCGAAGCGCACUGAGACGCCUGGACCUCUCCCACGGCUCUAUCUUCUCCCUGGGCUUCCGGCUCUUUGAGACCCUCAAGGCGCUGAAGGUCCUGAACGUUGCCCACAACAAGAUCAACACGAUUGCCCGUGAGGCGUUUUACGGGCUCGACAGCCUCCAGGUCCUCAACCUGUCCUUCAACCUUCUGGGGGAACUGUACGACCCCAACUUCCACGGGCUGCCCAACGUCGCCUACAUCGAUCUGCAGAAGAAUCACAUUGGGAUCGUCCAGGACGGAACCUUCAGAUCCCUGCCAAGACUGCAGACCCUGGACCUCCGGGAUAAUGCUCUGAAAACGAUCCACUUCAUCCCAAGCAUCCCGACCCUCUACUUGGGGGGCAACAAACUGGUGACAUUGCCAAACACCAAGUUCACCGCCAACUUCGUCCAGUUGUCGGAGAACAGGCUGGAACGGGUGGACGAGCUCUCUCUCCUUUUCCAGAUCCCUCACCUCCAGAUUCUCAUUUUAAAUCAAAACCGCCUUUCCUUGUGCGAAUCCCACCCCGGGCCUUCCGAGAGCCUCAGCUUGGAGCAGCUGUUCCUCGGAGAAAACAUGCUGCAGCUCGCCUGGGAGACGGGGGCCUGCUGGGAUGUCUUCCAGGGGCUGGCCCGCCUCCAGCGCCUCUUCUUGAACAACAACUACCUGAAUUUCCUGCCCCCCGGCGUGUUCAGCCAUCUGGUCGCCCUAAGGUUACUCAGCCUCAACGGCAACCGGCUGACGGCUCUCUCUCCCGGCGACUUCCCGCCUCGCCUGGAGGUGCUGGACGUGUCCAGGAACCAGCUCCUCUCCCCCGACCCCGAGGUGUUCGCGUCACUGCGCGUCCUGGACGUCACUCACAACAAGUUCAUCUGUGAGUGUGAACUUGGCCCUUUCCUCACGUGGCUCAAUCAGACCAACGUCACCCUCCUCGGGGCUCCCGAGGACCUGUCCUGCUCGUACCCCAGCCCCCUGCUGGGGGUGGCCCUCUCCUCGCUGACCACGGAGGGCUGCGAUGAAGAGGAGAGACUCACGGCCCUCAGGUUCUCCCUUUUCGUCUUGUUCACCGUCACGGUGACCCUGCUCCUCGUGGCCAUCCUCAUCGUCACCAAGUUCCGGGGGUCUUGCUUCCUCUGUUACCGGACGGUCCGGAGACGUCUGUUCGAGGACCGAGCCCAGACCAGGGAGCCUGACGCGUACAAGUACGACGCCUACUUGUGCUUCAGCGGCAAGGACUUCGAAUGGGUGCAGGGCGCGCUGCUGGCGCACCUGGACGCUCAGUACAGCGACCGAAACAGGCUCCGCCUGUGCUUCGAAGAGAGAGACUUCCUGCCCGGGGAGGACGUCAUCGCCAACAUCCACGACGCCGUGUGGAGCAGCAGGAAGGUCGUCUGUCUCGUGAGCAGACACUUCCUGCGGGACGGGUGGUGCCUGGAAGCCUUCAGCUGCGCCCAGAGCAGGAGCCUGGCCGACCUCCGCGGCGCCCUCAUCGUGGUGGUGGUCGGCUCCUUGUCCCAGUUCCAGCUGAUGAGGCACGCGUGCAUCCGGGCGUUUGUGCAGAAGCAGCAGUACCUGAGGUGGCCCGAGGACCUCCAGGACGUUGGCUGGUUCCUGCACAAACUCUCCCAACACAUACUUAAAAAGGAGAAGAAGAAAGACGGGGACAUUCCGCUGCAGACGAUAGCAACCGUCUCCUAGUCCAAGGAGCCGGGACCCUUCGACGGACCUCGCGGAUAGCGCUUCACCUUGUAUUUGCACCGAGUCUCCCUGGGGGGUCCUUUUUGAGGUUCCUUUGCCCGACU